CCCAGCAAUUGCCACCAGACUUUCAAUCCCUAAAAAACCAAAACGAAACUGAUAAAACAUCUUCUUGCCAAGGGGUUUUAUGGUUGCAGAGUGCUUUUGCGUAGCAGCAUCAUUGCCUGAACUUGCACGAUAACAGCGUCAAUGGAGUGUAUCUUCUCGCUAUCUGGUGUGAAUCAUUCAGCUUCUGGGCUUCAUUCCUUUUCAUUACAUUCCCAAUUAAACUCUAUAGUUUUAAGCAAAAAUAUGAACCAGAAGAGAGCGAGAAAUAGGCAGCACCUAAUCCUGUGCUGCUCUCAUUCUUCUCCUUCUGUGAUUUCGGCAAGUAGUGUAGCUUCUCCAGUGAUACGGAAAAGAAAGAGGUACAGACGACAAUACCCAGGGGAGAGCGAGGGCAUCACCGAGGAGAUGAGGUUUGUCGCAAUGAGGCUCCGCAAUUUUAAUGAUAAAAAAGUCGCUGUUGAUAAUAAGAGUGACAGUGAAGAUGAGAAUUCUGCCCAGGAAAAUGAUACUUGGAAACCGAGCAUGGAAGGGUUCCUCAAUUUCUUGGUCGACAGCAAGCUUGUCUUCCACACGGUGGAGCGGAUAGUCGAUGAAUCCAACGAUGUCGCUUACGCUUACUUCAGGAAGACUGGAUUGGAGAGAUCAGAAGGUCUUUCAGCUGAUAUAGAAUGGUUUAGCCAACAGGGCUUUCUGAUUCCUGAGCCAAGCAACCCGGGGGUUUCUUAUGCCAAGUAUCUGGAGGAAUUGGCAGAGAGAAGUGCGCCGUUGUUCCUUUCUCAUUUUUACAAUAUAUAUUUUUCCCAUAUUGCUGGUGGUCAAGUGAUAGCAAGAAAGGUUUCUGAGGAGCUCUUAGAUGGAAGGGAAUUAGAAUUCUACAGAUGGAAUGGGGAUACACAAGAAUUGAUGAAAAAUGUACGUGAGAAGCUCAACAUGCUCGGAGAGCAUUGGUCUCGAGAUGAGAAAAACAAAUGCUUAAAAGAAGCAACUAAGUCAUUUAGGUUUUUGGGGCAGAUUGUUCGUUUAAUCAUCUUAUGGUGAAGGUAAAGUUCCUUGUUAAGGCUGCAUUAUACUUCUGCUCUAUUAGGAUGAGUUCUACAUUGGGGUGAACAGCCCCUGAUAUCAGAAAUCAAACACCAUAAGGACUUCAGUAGAUUGUAACACCCUGGUUAUGGACCGGCUGUUCCUGAGGGAGUCUACUCAAAUGUUGAAGCUGCAGCUGCAUGAGGUUAAGGAGCAAUAAUACCCGGUUGGGGGCAUUCGUUUACCCGAAGACACUGAACAUGAUGCAGACUUUGUUUUGCAGCUGGAGAGCAAAGGAGGAUUGGAUUGUUGUGAUGCUCAUUUGUAGGUUUUUGUUUUUGUUUUUGUUUUUUUAUUUUUGCCGAGAAUGAUGCUUUAUAGUCGAUUUAUGUGAAGCUCUUUCGAAGAGAAAGCUAUAAUCAUAAAAUUUCAGAAAUCCAGUUCUUUAAUUCUCAUUUAAA